AAAGAAGCGCCCGAGACGCGCGGGGCUGAGCUGGCGGCGCCGGGGAGCUCCGCGCAGCCCCUCCCCGCGCCCGCUGCAGGCCGCGCCCGGCGGCCCAGGCGGCCGCGAAGGAGGGUCCACUCCGCGCCCGUACCCGCCGAGGGCCGUUGGCUGGAAGCGCAGAGCUCCCCAAAACCCACAAUUUCACAUCUGCAAAUACUGUCUUCAUCCACUUGACUUCCAAGACCCGCCCACACGUGUCCAACCUUUGCGUUUUAAUACCCCCCUUUUUUCCACCCUUCGCUAGCUCCCAUCCCGCUUCCCCUCCCUCCCUCUUUCCCUCCCUCUUCCCUCCCACCCCCCUCUCCCCAGGUUCGUGAGUGGAGCCCAGCCUUAUAUGGACUGAUCGCUCGGGCAAUGGCCCAUUUUUUCCUCGCCACCAGCCGCCACCGCGCGCCAAGCGGCCGCCGGAGUCCGAGCUGACGCCGCCUUGGCACCCCUCCUGGAGUUGCCAACUCGGCCACCGCGCGCUGCCCGCUCCCCGCUCCCGUCGUUUCCGCGUGCUCGCGGAGGCGAGACUGGUACCGCGUGGGGCUUUUUUUCUCCCCUUUCCGGCAAGUUCUUCCUUCCUUUCUUUUUUAAAAAUCAAUAAUUAUCUCCAUCAUUAAAGUCCCUACCGACCCCUCCCCCUAGCCCUCCCCCUCCCCAGCCCUCCCCCGCCCCUAUCGGGGAGCGUCACGAAUUGACCCAAGUGAAGCUACAACUUUGCGGCGCAAAUUGCGGGGUCCCGAGCCAUGUCGCUGACCAACACAAAGACGGGGUUUUCGGUCAAGGACAUCUUGGACCUGCCGGACACCAACGACGAGGAGGGCUCGGUGACGGAAGGACCGGAGGAAGAGAGUGAGGGGCCGGAGCCCGCCAAGAGGGCUGGACCGCUGGGGCAGGGUGCCCUGGACACGGUGCAGAGCCUGCCCCUCAAGAGCUCCUUCUACGACAGCAGCGACAACCCCUACACGCGCUGGCUGGCCAGCACCGAGGGCCUCCAGUACUCCCUUCACGGGCUGGCGGCCAGCGCAGCGCCCCAGGACUCCAGCGCCAAGUCCCCGGAGCCGUCGGCCGACGAGUCCCCGGACAAUGACAAGGAGACCCCGGGCGGCGGGGGCGACGCGGGCAAGAAACGCAAGCGGCGGGUGCUCUUCUCCAAGGCGCAGACCUACGAGCUGGAGCGGCGCUUUCGGCAGCAGCGGUACCUGUCGGCGCCCGAGCGCGAGCACCUAGCCAGCCUCAUCCGCCUCACACCCACGCAGGUCAAGAUCUGGUUCCAGAACCACCGCUACAAGAUGAAGCGCGCGCGGGCCGAGAAAGGUAUGGAGGUGACACCCCUGCCCUCGCCGCGCCGGGUGGCCGUGCCGGUGCUGGUGAGGGACGGCAAACCGUGCCACGCGCUCAAAGCUCAGGACCUGGCCGCCGCCACCUUCCAGGCGGGCCUCCCCUUUUCGGCCUACAGCGCGCAGUCUCUGCAGCACAUGCAGUACAACGCCCAGUACAGCUCGGCCAGCAACCCCCAAUACCCCACAGCGCACCCCUUGGUGCAGGCCCAGCAGUGGACUUGGUGAGCACCGCCUCUGAGACUCGCGGCCCCAGGCCCAGACCCCAGGCCGGCGGCCGCGAGAAGGACUCGGUCCUGGUGGUGGGUACUUAAUAAUAUUAUUACAAAUAAUUAUUGUGGGGUCGAGUUGACUCUUGGCUGAGUGAAGAGGCGCUGGGCAGCUACCUGCGCACUCGCGGAGCGGCUGAUUCGCGCAGCCGGCAGUGUCCCCAUCCCUCUCUUGCCCGAACCUUGGCGGAGGGCUGGACUCUAAGCCGGUUUACAGUGUUUGCGCAGCUUUGCUUCUUGGCCUCUCCUUUGCGGGACCAAAUUGUGCCACGUUCACGUUCUCACUUGAGAAAAAAAGAGAGAGAACACGCAUCCCCCUACCACCACCUACACCACCACCUUCCGCAUUUGUGAAUUUUGUAAAAUAUGUUUGUGUGAGUAGAUGUUGUCAGCCGUCUUCUUCUAAAGCAGUGGAGAACACUUUAAAAAAAAUGAGAGGAUUUUUUCUCCUUUUUUAUAUAAGAAAAUGCAAAAUAUUUAUGGCCAUGUAAACAUUCUGACAACCGGUGGCAGAUUUCUCUUUUCGUUGUAAAUAUCGGUGAUGAUUAUUGCCAGGAUGACCUUGAGGAGGGCCAGGCCCCUGGAGCUCACUCCUUUCUUUGUCGUUUGUUUUGGUUUGAUUCUGUUUGGUCGCCCCUGCUUUCUUUCUUUUUCUUUCUUUCUUUUUCUUCUCCUCCCUCCCCCCACCAAUUGUGUUCAGUGCAAACAUUUCUAAAAUACAAGCAAGGGAAAAUGUGUAGGCGAGAAGCUCAGCCCAGCCCAUUCCCACCCCAUGAAGGGUCCUGAGCCACGGAACUUGGAGCUCAGCGGUUUGGUGUGGUUACCCUCAAGAGCGCCGGGCGCCGACAGCUUUCCAUUUUUUUAAAAUAAGAAUUUUAAUAAAAAUCCUGUGUUUCA